AACAUUCAUCUCUAUGAAACAUAUUAUUAUAGACGCAGUCAAAGCAAGAACUGACGGAAUCAAAAUAAUUUUCAACGCGCGCGACUUCUUAAAAUAUGACUCUCGUCUUUGGCGACGAUUUGAAAAUUCUUUUGCAAAGGACCAAGUACGGGUUUGGAAGACUAGUGCAAAGGAUAUGUUUAAGUAGAAGGGAAUGGGCAGGACUCUGUACUCAACCAUGGGUGGUUGCAACACUCAUAUGGAAUCUCACAAACUUCUCUCCUUUCAUCUCUGCUUCUUGAUUUCCAUUUUCUUCUUGCCCUGUGCGACUUCAAUUCCAAUGUCCUUCAACAUCACCAGCUUUCAUCAAAACGCAGAUCUGCUACGCUUAGAAGGAGACGCUCUGUAUUCUUCAGAUGCUAUCGAACUGACUACCAACGCGCGGGACAAAACAUCUAACAGAAGUUGGGGUCGAGCCAUAUAUAAGGAACAGUUGCAUCUUUGGGAUAAGACCUCCGGAAAUCUAACUGAUUUUUCUACCAAUUUCUCCUUUGUAAUUAAUUCUCUUCUGGACAAUAGUUAUGGGGAUGGGCUUACCUUCUUCCUUAACGGUACCCAGCUGCCUUCAGAUGUGUCCGGAAGUAGCCUUGGUCUGGUGAAUUCAAGCGCAACUCCGGCGACAAACUCAACCACAAUUCGUUUUGUUGCAGUGGAGUUUGAUACAUAUCCAAACUCAGCCACAUUAGGGGAUCCGGGAAAAGAUCAUGUUGGUAUCAAUAUUAAUUCCAUGAUAUCUGUUAAGACUAUGAAUUGGUCGAACAAUAUUAUCAAUGGAAAGGUAAAUCAUGUUUCCAUCAGUUAUAAUUCUAAUUCGCAAAAUCUGAGUGUAGUGGUAAUUACUGAUUCCACGGCCAAUACAAGUACCCAGCCGCAAAGCCUGUAUUACGAAGUUGAUCUGAGAAUCCUACCAGAAUUUGUUGAUAUUGGCUUCUCAGCCUCAACAGGAGAUUCCGUCCAGCUAAAUAAAAUCUCCUCAUGGAAUUUUAGUUCAAGUUUGGAAUUUCCCGGUUGUAUAGAACCAGGAGAGCGAAAGAAGACAGAACUUGUGGUGGGAUUGAGUGUUUGUGCAUUUGUUGUGGUGGGUGGGUUGGCAUUGGUUUGGUUUUACUUGAGGAAGAAGAGGAAUACUGGGGGAUAUCAAGAAGACGGUGGUGACAGUGAUCAAGACAUGGACGAAGAUUUUGAGAAGGGUACUGGACCGAGGAAGUUUUCCUUUAAUGAAUUGGCUCUUGCGACCAGUAACUUUUCAGAGGGAGAGAAGCUUGGAGAGGGAGGGUUUGGUGGGGUCUAUAGAGGUUUCUUGCGAGAACUGAACUCUUAUGUUGCAGUUAAGAGGGUAACAAGGAACUCCCAACAGGGGAUGAAGGAGUAUGCGUCUGAAGUGAAGAUCUUUUGUCGAUUGAGGCACCGGAACUUGGUGCAGCUCAUGGGCUGGUGCCAUAAAAAAGGAGAGCUCCUAUUGGUUUACGAGUUGUUGCCAAAUGGAAGCUUGAGCACCUGUCUUUUUGAAGAAAAAACCUUGUUAACAUGGGCUAUGAGGUAUAGAAUUGCUCUAGGCUUGGCCUCUUCGCUUCUGUACCUACAUGAAGAAUGGGAGCAGUGUGUGGUACACAGGGACAUCAAGUCCAGUAAUGUGAUGCUGGACUCAGAUUUUAAUGCUAAGCUUGGAGAUUUUGGGCUAGCCAGGCUUGUUGAUCAUGGUAAAGGGUCACAAACCACUGUUUUAGCGGGGACCAUGGGCUACAUGGCUCCUGAAUGUUUCAUGACAGGCAAGGCUAGUAAGGAAUCUGACGUGUACAGUUUUGGAAUUGUUGCAUUGGAAAUUUGCUGUGGAAGAAGAGCCAUGGAAACAAAGGCCGAAGAAAAUCAGAUCAGAUUGGUGGAGUGGGUUUGGGACCUCUAUGGCGUAGGAAAACUUCUUGAAGCAGCUGAUCCAAGACUGUCUGAAGAUUAUGAUGAUCAACAAAUGGAACGAUUGAUGAUUGUUGGUCUUUGGUGUGCUCACCCGGAUUGCAAUGCUCGUCCUUCAAUGAGGCAAGCAAUGAGUGUCCUUAAUUCUGAAGCUUUACUGCCUCUUCUUCCUAUAAAAAUGCCUGUGCCAAUGUGUUAUGCUCCUCCAACGCUGCAAACAUCCUAUAGCACUAGCGUUUCUGAGAGAAACCACACCCAGUUUUCAAACUCCACGGACUCAUCAAAGUUCUCGGAAUCUUCUUCAAUCUUGUCUCAAUCCGCAUCCCUAUUGCACACACGCUAAUUCGGUUGGAAAUAGCCCUAUGCUUCAGGGUUUGUUAUCUAUUUUGAAUUUGUUUAAUUCCAUUGUUCUUCAUGAGAAUCAAU